AUGCCCUAGCAUUGCUCUGCCACUGCAGAUCCGCCUUUCCUUUAACCUGCCGUUCUGAACGGGGCGAUGGAAAUGAAUAUGAAGAAGUUCACAGUGCGCCGGUUCUUCUCAGUGUAUCUCCGCAAGAAGUCUCGCUCAAAGAGCUCGAGUCUAAGCAGAUUUGAGGAAGAAGGAAUUGUGAAGGAGAUAGACAUCAGUCAUCAUGUUAAGGAAGGUUUUGAAAAAGCAGACCCAUCCCAGUUUGAGCUGCUGAAAGUGUUAGGACAAGGUUCCUAUGGAAAGGUAUUUCUAGUGAGGAAAAUCAAAGGAUCAGAUGCUGGGCAGCUAUAUGCAAUGAAGGUACUUAAGAAAGCAACUCUGAAAGUUCGAGAUCGUGUACGAUCAAAACUGGAAAGAGAUAUCUUGGCAGAAGUGAAUCAUCCUUUCAUUGUAAAACUUCAUUAUGCAUUUCAAACAGAAGGAAAGUUAUAUCUUAUAUUAGAUUUCCUACGAGGAGGAGACCUUUUCACCAGACUUUCCAAAGAGGUAAUGUUUACAGAAGAAGAUGUUAAGUUCUACUUAGCUGAGCUGGCCUUGGCUUUAGAUCAUCUCCAUGGUCUUGGUAUAAUUUACAGGGAUUUGAAACCAGAAAACAUUCUUCUGGAUGAAGAGGGACAUAUUAAGAUUACAGACUUUGGCCUCAGCAAGGAAGCCAUUGAUCAUGACAAGAGGGCUUAUUCGUUCUGUGGGACAAUAGAGUACAUGGCCCCAGAGGUGGUCAACCGGCGAGGGCAUACACAAAGUGCCGACUGGUGGUCUUUUGGUGUCCUAAUGUUUGAAAUGCUGACGGGAUCAUUACCAUUCCAGGGGAAGGACAGAAAGGAGACAAUGGCUCUCAUUCUCAAAGCCAAGCUAGGAAUGCCUCAGUUUUUGAGCAUAGAAGCCCAGAGUUUGCUGCGAGCUCUUUUCAAAAGAAAUCCAUCCAACAGACUAGGUGCUGGUCUUGAUGGUGUUGAAGAAAUUAAACGGCAUCCUUUCUUUGCCACCAUAGACUGGAAUAAGCUCUACAGGAGAGAAAUCAAGCCACCAUUUAAACCUGCUGUCGGAAGGCCAGAGGACACGUUUCAUUUUGACCCUGAAUUCACCUCACGGACACCAACAGAUUCCCCAGGAGUGCCCCCAAGUGCUAAUGCUCAUCACCUCUUCAGAGGAUUCAGCUUCGUUGCCUCCAGCCUGGUGCAGGAGCCUGCACAGCAAGACCUGCACAAAAUCACAGUUCAUCCAAUUGUCCAGCAGUUACAUGGGAACAAUAUUCACUUUACAGAUGGAUAUGAGAUCAAGGAGGACAUAGGCAUUGGCUCUUACUCAGUAUGCAAGAGAUGUAUACACAAAGCCACAGAAGCAGAGUUUGCAGUGAAGAUAAUUGAUAAGAGCAAAAGGGACCCCUCUGAAGAAAUUGAGAUUCUGCUGAGAUAUGGACAGCACCCAAACAUCAUCACUCUCAAAGAUGUCUAUGAUGAUGGGAAAUAUAUAUACCUUGUGAUGGAGCUGAUGCGAGGGGGAGAACUCUUAGACCGGAUACUUCGACAAAAAUGCUUUUCUGAACAAGAGGCCAGUGAUGUCCUUUUUACCAUCACCAAGACAGUGGAUUAUUUGCAUUCCCAAGGAGUUGUCCACCGAGAUCUGAAGCCUAGUAAUAUCCUUUAUAUGGAUGAGUCGGGAAAUCCAGAUUCAAUCAGGAUCUGUGAUUUUGGAUUUGCCAAACAACUGAGAGCUGAGAAUGGUCUGCUAAUGACUCCAUGUUAUACAGCCAAUUUUGUAGCACCUGAGGUCCUAAAACGGCAAGGCUAUGAUGCAGCCUGUGAUAUUUGGAGCUUAGGGAUUCUGUUGUACACUAUGUUAGCAGGAUUCACUCCUUUUGCAAAUGGUCCAGAUGAUACCCCAGAGGAGAUUCUGGCCAGAAUUGGCAGUGGAAAAUAUGCACUGACAGGAGGAAACUGGGAUUCAGUAUCUGAUGCUGCCAAGGAUAUUGUAUCCAAGAUGCUUCAUGUAGACCCCCAUCAGCGCUUAACAGCAGCCCAAGUUAUAAGGCACCCAUGGAUAGUUAACAGGGAAUAUCUGUCACAAAAUCAGCUCAGCAGACAGGAUGUUCAUCUUGUAAAAGGCGCAAUGGCAGCCACCUACUUUGCUUUAAACCGAACUCCUCAGGCACCAAGACUGGAACCUGUAUUGUCCUCCAAUCUAGCCCAGCGGAGGGGGAUGAAGAGACUGACCUCAACGAGGUUGUAGUGGUCCCAAAGAAUGCCUGGUUUUAAAAAACCACCUUAAAUUAAUUUGAGAGGCUGAUCUACAUUACUAAUUUUGUGGCAUAAUUGACAUGUAAACUGCUAGAACUAGCAGAAUUGCACGAUGAAGAAAAAUUACCCUUUGCUUUCAGGGGGUUUGUUUUUGUUUUUUACAUUAGCACCAAGAUCCCAAGUUAG